CCUUUCCCCUCAUGAUGCUGCUGUGCUGUUCUACGGAAUAGCCUCGCGUCCUGUCGCUCAUUACAUCGUUCGCUUUUUGCAGUAUUUGUAGUAGUAGUACUUCCUGUCGCUCUUUUCAUCACACACCUUGAUUUUUAUUUUAUUUUUUCCCAACUACAGCUAUAUUUGGAGAGCUCAAAAUCAAACAAUGAGGUGGCUGCUCGCCGCCCUCGCGGCCCUGCCCGCCCUUGUCAGUUCGCUGGCCUCCACAGACUCUUACCGAGACGCCGAUAUCCCUCAAUCUGGUUAUCUCCCCAACCACAACCUCGACCCUAAUGUAGUCGGCUCCUCUAGCUUCCGCACCCUCUGGGAGUUCCAAUCUCCAGACUCCGACGAGCUAUGGCUGGCGAAGCCCCUUGUGUACACCCCGGCCGGGAGCCCGGAACUGCUCAUCACCUCGUCCGAGAAGAACGUCGUCCGCAUCUUCGACGCCAAGACGGGCGUCAUCCUCAACCAGAGGAGCCUCCAGGCCCCCUUCUCCCGCGGCGACAGCAACUGCGGCGACAUCCCCGACUGGAUCGGCAUCACCGGCACGCCCCUCAUCGAUCCCGCCACCGACAUCAUGUACGUCUUCUCCAAGGGCUACCGGGAGGGCACCACCUCCGGCACCGCCAACGGCAUCUACAAGAUGUACGCCCUGCGCAUCCCUUCGCUCGAAGACGCCGAGGGCUUCCCCGUCCUCAUCGACGGCGCCAACGCCGACAACGACCCGGCCCGCUACUUCGUCGGUGGCGUCGCCCUGCAGCGCCCCGCCCUGGCCGACAUGCACGGCCAUAUCGUUGCCGGCUUCGGUUCGCACUGCGGUCGCUGGAACUAUACCGGCUACCUCCUCUCCGUCAGCAAGACCCCCGGUGUUGGUGUCACCAGCAUGUGGGCCACCGAGUACCCUCCUGGCGCCCCCUCGCCCCAGCCCCUGGAUCUUGCCCUCGAGAGGGGAGGUAAGGCUGGCAUCUGGCAGAGCGGCUUCGGUCUCCCUGUCACCGGUAACAGCCUCUACUUUGUAACUGGUAACGGCCAGGGCAUGCACAACGGCAAUGUCCCCGCCAGCGGCCGCUCUCCCAUGUCGACCCUCUCCCACUGCACCGUCCGAAUGGACUUGUCUCCCGAAGGUAAAUGGACCCAAGUCGACUACUUCCAGCCCUACGACUACACCAGUCUCAACGCCGGCGACCGUGACGUCGGCUCAUCCGGCUUUGCUCUACUCGACGGCUCCGUCUUCCGGGGUACUGGCGUCAACCGGAUGGGCAUCAUCGCCGGAAAGGAGGGCCGCGCCUACAUCCUCAAUGCCAACGACCUCGGAGGUUUCCGCCAGGGUUCCGCCGGCUUCGACAACACCAUCCAGACCAUCGAGCUCGGCGGCGCCGUCUACGGCGGCUUCGGUAGCUAUCCCCUCGAAGGCGGUUUCGUCUACGUCACCACCGUCGGCGGUCCGCUUCAGGCCUUCCGCAUGGGCCACGACGCCGACGGCAAGCCCGUCUUUUCUCUUGCUGGCCAGUCCGAAUGGCGGUCGACUGGCCGUGUUGGCGUCGGCCAGAUGACCGUCACUUCCGACAAUGGCCGUCCCGGCACUGGAAUUGUUUGGGUGACCGAUGUGACCGUUGGCCUUGUUGCCUUCCGCGCUGUCCCCGAGAACGGCCGCAUGGUGCAGAUUCCCCUCCCCUCCGGUCUCCGCGGCAGCAACAAGUACCAGCGUCCCGUCUUCGGCGACGGCCGCGUCUACUACCAGGCCACCUCCAACCGUCUCUACUGUCUCGGCACCCCCGUCGCCCGGGCCGUCACUUGCUCCGACGUCGACUUUGGCACCGUCGACCUCGGCAGCGUCACCACGGCCACCGUCAGCUGCAGGGCUGAAGUCGCCGUCUCCGCCAUCAGCAACUGCGCCGUGUCCAGCCCGUCCUUUGUCUGCGACUCGUCAACGCUGCCCGCGGGCGCCCUUACAGCCGGGUCUUCCUUCACCUUCGAUGUCACGUGGGAUCUCGAAAGCGCUUCGGCUGGUGGUGUUAUCCCUGGAUUCGUGAGCAGCUCCCUCUCGCUUGACGUCGGCGCCCCGGAUGGGUAUUCCUCGGUCGCUAUCGUGGGCUUGGAGGGCACCGUCGUCACACAGAGCCCUUACUUGCAUGCUACGUCGAACACGAUCCCUUUCGGAAGCCUUAUUCUCCGUAGCGACGCGCUGGACCAUCUUGAAGGCUCGGCCGUGCUCGAGAACGUCGGAAACAGCACCCUGACCAUCACCGGCGUAGCCUGGCAAGGUGCCGACGGAUCGUACCAUAACAUCAGCGCGUCCGGGGACAUCGGCUCCGGUUUUACCUCGACCGAGUUACCCCAGGCCGGAAUGACCAUAGGGACGGGUGGUCGUGAAUCUGUUCACUUGCGGUUUGCGUCCACCGACGUGGGCGACUACUCGACGCUUGUGACCGUUUGGUCCGACGGCGGCUCCCUGACCCUCAACCUCACUGCUGCAGUGAAGAACCCGCCUGUCGUCGUUUUCGAAGCCGCUGACGGCGAGGGCGGUUGGAUAUCCCUGGAACCCCACUACAGCGUACCGUUUGGCGACGUGGCCUCCGGUUCCUCCGCGGAGACGCAGAUCCGGGUCUGCAACACGGGCGGUUCCACGCUCACCGUCACCAUUUCCAAGCCGCCCGUUGAACCCCAGCUCAUGGCCACAAACCCUAGCCAUGACCUUGCCGAGGGUAUCCAGAUCGAACCGGGGGAGUGCUCCGUCGGUAAUGUCGCCGUCCUUGCGAACCCCAUUCAGCCCAAUCAUCCCGUCCAACCUCUCCUGGCCGAAUGGAGCCUGACCACAAAUGGUCUGAAUGCGACAUCCGGUGAAGAUGCCGAGCUUCGCGACAUUAUCUUCACCGCCAGGGUCGUGCCCCAGCAGCUCGGUCCCGUCCUGGACGAUGGUUCCGCCCGGUUCCAGUACGUCGGCUGCUUCUCCGACACCUCGAGGGGACGGAACCUCCAGACCCAGGUCAACAGCGCCGCGCAGCAGCAGACCAAUACCAUCCAGCAAUGCCACCAGCUCUGCAUGGAGCGCGGCUUCGCCAUCGCCGGCUUGCAGUACCGCCGUGAGUGUUGGUGCGGCGGGCCUCCGAACUACAUCCGCUACCCCGACAGCUACUCGCCGCCCUUUGAGAAUCGGUGCACCUUUGCCUGCAUGGGCGACGAUACGCAGGCUUGUGGUGGCAACGGCGGUUUCAUGAGCGUCUAUGCUGAUACUACGGCUUUUGACAUUGAGGGCUUCUUGGACGCUAUCAACAACGGCACUACCCCGACUCCCUCACCCCCGCCGCCGCCGCCACCACCCACGACGACGACGACGACGACGACGAGCGCGCCCGUCACGGUGCCCACUACUUCAACCAGCUCUAGCUCCUCCGAGGUCACUACACCCACGACUACCACGAGCACCUCCUCCGCUCCCCUUCCCUCCGGCACCAGCCCCGUUUCGCCGCUCAACCCUCAACAACCGGCGGUGGUGAACGGCGAAUGGGAAUACGCCGGCUGUUUCGCCGACUUGGUGAACAACGUACGGACCUUGGAUGACGCGAGAACGGCCUCGGACGACAUGACCGCCUGGCGCUGCGGCGAGUUUUGCAGCAACAACGGCUCGCCUUACAACUACUUCGGUCUCACGUACGGCAGGGAAUGCUACUGCGGAUGGACCAUGGACGAAGACGCGCUCCGAGCGCCCGAGGCCGACUGUCCCGACUCGUGCGUCGGUUCGACCACCGGGCUCUGCGGUGGCUGGCGGAAGCUCUCCGUCUUCCGACAUCUCGAGCCCAACGCGCCCCCCGCUGGUCCCGAGCACGUUCCGCAGGUUGGCGACUACCAGUGGAUGGGAUGUCAUACCGAGGCCACCACGGGCCGUGCCCUGGCGGGUAGGUCGUACGCCUCGGAUACCAUGAGCGUGGAUUCUUGCGCCGCGUUCUGCGCGGAUGGCGACUUUGCGUACAUGGGUGUCGAGUAUGGUCGAGAGUGCUACUGCGGCAACACCGUCAAUGCUGGGUCUGUCCCAGCACCCACGACAGAGUGUAAUAUGCUUUGCAGGGGAAAUAAUCUUCAAUACUGCGGUGCGGGACGGCGUCUUGAUCUCUACGCUCUCGUCCCCUCGGCGCCUCCCCCUUCCAGUGCGGUCGAGGGACCAACCUCGGCUGUCCCGUCCUCGGAGGCGCCAGUCUCGAGCGAGGUUGCGUCGUCUUCUGAGAACGUUUCCAGCGACGAGGUUGCUCCGACAUCCAGCCUUGUCGCCAGCUCUGUCUUUUCCUCGGAGGUUAGCAGCGUCACGGAAACCGAGUGGAGUAGUUCGACGCCUGCGAGCAGCGAGCCUACGUCGGUGCAGGAACCGAGCUCCAGCGUGGUGGAAUCGAGUUUCAGCAUCGUCGAGCCGAGCUCCAGCAUCGUUGAGUCGAGCUCUAGCCUGGCUGAAUCAAGCUCCAGCAUCGAGCCAAGUUCCAGCAUCGUCGAGCCGAGCUCCUCUAGCGUCGCUGAGUCGAGCUCCAGCAUCGUUGAGCGGAGCUCCAGCAUCGAGCCAAGUUCCAGCAUCGUUGAGCCGAGCUCCAGCAUCGUCGAGCCGAGCUCCAGCAUCGUCGAGCCGAGCUCCAGCAUCGUCGAGCCAAGCUCCAGCAUCGUCGAGCCGAGUUCCUCUAGCGUCGCCGAGUCGAGCUCUAGCCUGGUUGAAUCAGGCUCCAGCGUCGUCGAACUGACAUCCAGCACCGAGGAGUCCAUGAGCAGCGCCCCCACCCUUUCAUCGUCGUCAUUCAUGUCAGUCCCCUCGGUGCCAGCCUCGAUUUCCACCUCGGCUUUCGAGUCAAGCACCAGCACCAGCAGCAGCCUAUCCACAGGCCCUACAGCCACACCGACCCACGGCUACUACUACGUCGGCUGCUUCCAGGACGUAAGCCGCGGCCACGCGCUCCCGCACAUGCUCUCGAACCACAGCGUAACCCCCGAGCUCUGCCUGGAAUACGCGCAGCAGCGCGCAGCCAACGCGCCCACGCCGACGGCGGCGCCGGCGUACGUGUUCGUGGAGUACCACCACGAGUGCUACGCGGGCAACACGUUCGACUUCCAGGGCAGCGCGGUGACGUCGCUGGUGGGGACGCGGGCGUGCAAGAAUUAUUGUUACGGCAGCGUGUCGACGUAUGCCACGGACGGCACGAUCGCGGUGACGACCAGGACGGAGAAUUUCUGUGGCGGACCGAAGAUGUUUGAUCUGUACGCUACGGAGUUGCCGGUAGAUUUCCCGACUACGGGUGGACCGGUAACGACGGUGACGACGGGGACGCCCCGGCCGUGAUUGAUCGGUGGUGUAGGUAGAGUAGUAAGGUAGAGUAGUAAGAGUAUGAUGCACCGUAUUCAGAUAGUGUAGUUCUAGUAAGUAUAUAAUGGAUAUGAAGAUACUGGUCUUAUGAGGAUGAACCAUGUAGAGGAAUUACAUGUCGAGUUUACCGGAGCUGAACGCAGCGAUUGCUUGAAUGAGAGGCAUGGCU